GAUUCUAUUACAAAUGUCGUGGAGCGAAGAGAAACUCACGCACACUUUCAACGGCAUCAGGUUUACGACAAGAUCCUCGCCGGAGCUUUUAAAUUCUUUGGUUUCCUUUGAUGCUAGAGAGGACGAUAUUCUGUUGGUUUCCUACCCCAAAUCUGGAACGCACUGGCUGGCGGAAAUCCUCACACACAUCUAUGCAUCCAAAGUGGCUUUGACUUCUCCAAUUGAAUUUGGAGACCUUUCCAAACUGGAUCAACUGGAUCGCCUUUCCUGCAAAAGGAUCAUUCCGACCCACUUGGACAGCAACCUGCUGCCACCAACAUUCAAAGUCAAGCAUUGCAAG